GCAGCAGCCCGCCACUUGACCGAAGUUCCAGCGAACCAGGGAUAUCAAUUCAUCUAUAUCCCUUGCCGCCAUCGUAUGACGAUCACCAACAUGCGUGGUCUUUUGCGCACGCUCCGGAUCGAGAAUUCGCGUGUUUUAGACAUCCAUUUUCCCGACCAUCAAACUGCAGCUUUAUUGGUUCAUAACGAAUAUGCUGGUGCUAUAGCAGCUCGCCUACUCAAGCUCGGUGUCAAUGUCAAAGAUGACUUUAAUCCCUUGGAUCCCAACCUACUAAAAGAUCCAAAACUAGCUGAACUAACCGUGGAAGAACGUACACAGAAAAUCACAGAAGUCCACCAUGGUCACAUACUCAAAGCCCUGGGUUUUAUCCAUGCACCGGUAAAGUAUUCAGUUGCUCGUUCUUUCUUUCUGGAAAAUUUGAUCACACAGGAAGAAUAUGAUGAUGUCCGUGGAUCAACUCGCUCUCGACAA